ACAUCUCUUGGACACCUCAGGCCAUAUCAAAUUCGGUGUAGGACUUUUGUGACUCAUAGGCCUGCUCAGCCUUAUGGUGCAUAAUUGUGCUAACCGUUACCGUGUCUUGACACAGUUUCCUACAGAGAUAUCAUCGAGCUUCUUCCGUCUACCAUAAAUCUGUACCCCACACCCCCGUGUUAUACCGAGUCAUCACCAUGUCCUUCUCCAACCCUCGAAGGACUCCGGUGACUCGCCCGGACUCUGCUACCGGCAAUGGCUUGACCCUUAAGACGAACCUGACCCUACGGAAGGGUGCAACUUUCCAUUCUCCUGUUACUCCUCCGUGUAGUCCACCUGCUGCUACUACAUUCAAGGUACCAUCUCUACCUCGUCGAUCACAAACAACUCUUGAUGAUGUUGUCGAUGCUCACGUUCGUCGUGCUGCCAUGAACAUUGGCAAGUUCGAGGUCACCCUAUCUACUAUCAAGGCCGAGCCCACUUCCCCCUCUAGCUCUCUACCGGAAGAUAUCCUUCCUAUCCCUAGAGGUUUCUUGGACAAUACCAUAACCGGAGACACGAUGUCUGAGGAGCCUUCUUCCACCGAGACAGAGCGACGAGUGCUACGCCCUCGCAACCGUCGCUCUUCUCGUCACCAUGAAUCUGACAGUGGCCUGGGUUCAUCCAUCGCUUCCACCAACAAAAAGCGAAAGGAGGCCAAGUCUACUGGAGGUAGCGCUGCAGCUAUCACGCGUUCUGCUACCACUACCACUACCAGGUCUCAGGAUAGUCAACGUCUUAGUGACCGUGCUAAGAACCGUAUUCAUGAACAUAUCUUGAAACCGCUACUACAGGAUCGCUCACUCAAGGACUUCCGUCCCAUUGUCAACGACUGUCCCAGAAGGAUCCAGGAAAACCAGAUCGUUUGUCUCAGGGAUCUCGAGAAGACCCUGAUCUUUAUGGCACCGGAGAAGGCAAAAUCUGUCGAACUAUAUCGUGACUUCUGCCUCACUUCGAUUCGAUGUAUCCAAGCCACCGUCGAAUAUCUCUCCGAUAGAGAACAGACCCGACCUCACGACCGUCCUUAUAACAACGGUUACUUCAUUGAUCUCGUCGAACAAAUUCGCCAGCACGCACAACUCAUGCAGGAGGCCCGUAAGAGGCAAGCCGAAGGUGAAGAGUUAGGCGAUAUGGAAGUCGACCCAACGGAUGAGGUCAAACUCAUGGGUGGCCUUACUACUAACGGACGACCUGCCGAGUUAGUCCGCGUGAAGAAGAAUGGCAAAGCCUUCUCUAUGGCUACCGGACAACCUGUUGAAGAUCUCGAGGAAGACGAGACCAAGGGUCCAAUCCGGUUCAAGCGUUCGAUGAGUGAGCAGGCUGAGGACGAGGAAGAGAUCAUGCGAUCUAUGGCCCGUCGAAAGAAGAACGCCACUCCUGAGGAGCUGGCUCCCAAGAAGUGCAAUCACCCAGGUUGCAACAAAGAGUUCAAGCGACCUUGUGACCUAACAAAACACGAGAAAACUCACUCUCGUCCUUGGAAGUGCCCUAUUGCUACCUGCAAAUACCACGACUAUGGCUGGCCCACUGAGAAAGAGAUGGAUCGGCACGUGAACGACAAGCAUUCGGAUGCUCCCCCAAUGUACGAGUGCCAUUUCAAACCUUGCCCUUACAAGUCUAAGCGUGAAUCCAAUUGCAAACAGCAUAUGGAGAAAGCGCACGGCUGGACAUACGUCCGGACCAAAACCAAUGGCCAGAAGAAAUCGAGCAAGGCAGAUAGCUCCGCUCAUCCUACUCCCUUGAUCAAGAGUUUGCCCACUCCUAGCAGUGAACAGACUGAUCCUGUCAUGACACCACCUGAUGAUUCUGUCUUCGGACGCUACAACGACCAUGAAUUUCCCUCGUAUCCUUCAGAUCAGGAAUUCCACGCUAGUUUGUAUGAGCACCAGCCGUUUGACGGAGAUAUUCAACUUGACUUCUCUCCGAUUGACAACAGCACUCCUUCUACCGACUCUGGCCAAUUCAAUUCUUUCGAGGACCUUAGUCCUGAGUUUACUGGCCAGUUCGAGGAUAUCUAUGGCGCUCCUGUCCAAUUGCCAACUCCUUCGCAUUCUAUCUACAAUAAAGCUAUCAAGGAAUUUGAGGCCUAUGACAACUACGAUAACUUCAAUAUGAACGCUUGUCAACAGUACACUAUGCCACAACUCGCGGCUGGUGGUCAAGGUGGCCAAGUCAUGUUAACACCACCAACCAUGGUGGAUGAGGGUUUUGAGGACUUCCAACCUGCUUGCUCUAACCAGUUUGGUCAUGAUUUCCCUCUCUUCCCGCCUACUUCGAUGGAUAAAUCGAACAACUACGGCAGUACCCUUUUCGGUACCAUCACUCCCAGUCUUGCUGCUGGUUACACACAACCAUCAUCGCAGGAUUUCAACAUAGAGUAUAAUCCAGCCAUGGAUUGGACGCCGGACUACUCUGGAUCUCUAUAAUAAUAAGUCUUGGGUGGCUGUUGGAUGGAAAGCAAUGUGAACAGCCAACUUGGCACAUGUGACGCAUGCUUCCUGACAAAUAUCGGCUUCAAACUGGGUUUCAUGAUGUUACGAUGAUGACUUGUAGUUGAUAGGGCGCGAAUUUUAGGGAAAGAAUCAAUCCCAGACUGCUUUCUGAAGAUUAUGGUGUGGGGGAUGUUAGGGGCUGGAUAGACGUUGUUCGGCUUGUCCCUGUGUACACUUUCAUGUCACUUUACUUCGGCUUCUUAGCUUUUCUUGGGGAUGCCCAUAAAACGUUCAUAAGUUGUGGUCGGAAGAUGUAUUCAAGCAAUCACUUUGAGAAUUGCACCAU